AUGGUGGAGGACAGCGGUGGCGGUGGAUACAGCGGUGGUGGCGACAGUGGAGGCGGAGGGUACAGUGGAGGUGGAGACAGUGGUGGGGGAGGGUACAGUGGGGGUGGUUACAGCGGGGGUGAUAGCGGUGGUGGAGGAUACAGUGGCGGUGGAGACAGUGGAGGAGGUGGUGGUGGUGGAGGUGGAGGAUGUGGAGGCGGAGGAGGAUGUGGAGGAGGGUCAGGUGGUGGUAAAGGUGUGGACAGGAAAAAGAAGCACGGAGGAGGCAGAGGUGGAAGGAAAUACGGAGGAGCUGGAUUUGGAGGCGGCAUUAGAUACGACUAUGAUUGGUCGCAUGUGACUGGGUCACAUGGUGAUAAUGGUGGUUGGGGUGGAUGUGGUGGAGACGGUGGUGUUAUAGCUCACAGCGGGGAUAGCGGUGUUGGUGGUGGAUACCACUGUGGUGGAGACAGUAGAGGCGGAGGAUAUAGUGGGGAUGGUUACAGCGGAGAUAGUGGUGGCGGAGACAGUGGAGGAGAUGGUGGUGGAGGAGGAUGUGCAGGAUGUGGAGGAGGUGGAGACUGA